AUGCCGGAAUCUAGGGCCGCUCUUUUCCUCGGCGUUGAUGUCGGCAUUACGAUACUAACUCUAGGAUUGGUCACUCUGAGAGUCGGAUAUCGCUGGUCGAAAAGGAAACUCGCCAUCUCUGACCAUCUGAUUAGCACGGCCAUGCUGGCUUCCGUGAUACAUAUGAUUCUUGAUAUAAUCAGUGCGUCAACACCACUAUUUUACAUUCUUGGUAUUCUCACUGAUUUGACUUUCCCAGUCACGGCUGCAUUUGGUUAUGGCCGCCAUCAACGAGACCUCCCUCUCGACCUCCAAGGGUCCUACAAAACCGCAUUGACGUUCUGGCUCAUCCAAAUCUUCACAAAAUUGCCACUGUUGUUCAGCAAGCUUUCUCUGACAUUUGUCUACCGUGACCUCAUCCGCUACGUGGACCAUCCCUUAAUCAGGUUCUCCCGCGUAGUCAACUAUGGUCUCAUGGUGGUUCUCGCAGGUUUUUUCACUGCCGCAACGCUCGUUAGCAUGUUCGCCUGCAGCCCGGUAUACAAGAGCUGGCUACCCAAAACGCCGGGCCACUGCAUCGACACGACUGUCAUGUUCAACUACGUCACGGGUGCGGUUAAUGUGUCUACCAGCAUAUGUCUAAUCUGCAUUCCCUUGCCAGUGUUAUACCUGGUCAAGAACAAACGGAUUGAGAUCAAGCAUGAUACGGUGAUCUCUAUCGUCCGCCUCUACAUGAUUACUGAUCUCUACGACGUCAAGAAAGACUUCACCUGGCUCAUUAUCCCCACGCACAUCAUGAUCGUGGUUGAAUUUAAUAUGACUAUCAUAGCGGCAUCCGUCGUCGUCAUGCGGCCCUGUUUCCAAGCCAUGUUCGACAUUCUCUUUCCUACAUCUCUUUACGCCACCCGAAACGCGUCCUACGGCAGCAAGUCCAAGUAUCGCGGUGCAAGGUUGGAUGGAUACAUAAUGAGCCGAGAUGAGAAUGCUGGCUCUUCACGAGGCGAGACAGGGCCGGGGAUUGUGAAGACGGUGGACAUUGAGUUGGCGAGUAAGGAUGCGAGUACGGAGGAUAUACUUCGAGGAGAGACCCGGUUGCGAAACCCCUUAGACCGUCCAGAAUGGCAUAGGUAA